AUGUCCUGUAUCGAUCAGAAACUGCCAGGCUUUGAACUGACCCGCAAUACAUGGACAACGCUAAACAGAAUAAGAACAAGCAGCGGUAGGUGUGCUGACAGCUUAUAUGGAUGGGGAAAAGCCCGUACUCCUGAGUAUAUAAAUGCAGCACCACAAUGGCAAAGUUUCAAUGGUGGAAACUGGAACAGAGUUGAAAGGAGUUCCAGAAACUAUGCAGAUAAAAGAAAAGCCAACUUACAAGUCUGGACUGGCACUUACGGCAUAGCCACAUUGCCACAUGAAUCCACCCAAAAACCAACAGAAUUAUAUUUGUAUGUUAAUCAAAGGACAAGAGCAUUACCUGUUCCAGCACUUUACUGGAAAAUAGUUUAUAACCCGUCCAACAAAAGAUGUGUGGUACUUAUUGGAUUAAACAAUCCAUUUGAAGAGAAUGUUUCAAAAUAUAUAAUUUGUAGAGAUAUAUCUAAUAGUUUAAACUGGUUAAGCUGGCAAAAAAACGUCCUAGAAAAUUCAGCAGUCCUUAUAAUCAAAAUCACGUAUAACAAUCCACAAUAUGGACUCAAUAUAAACGAAAAGAAGAUUAAGUCCAUUGUAAUUAGCAGGAACACGAUAACAGAAGGUCAACUCUACGUCAAUCAUACCCCAAUAGAGAGAGUGAGGCACUACAACUACCUCGGCGCCAUAAUAUAUAUAAAACAUGGACCGAUAAUCAGAAGACAAGAGCAAGCAUCGAAAAAAUCUAGAUUAACCUUCAACCGAAUGGGGGCCUUCUGCUCUGUCUAUUUUUAUGUUGUUGAAUCGUGGACCUUGAAUGAAGAUCCGUGGAGAAGGUUUGAAGGAGAUGAGAUAAGGCUAUAUCUAAGAAUACUUGAGAUUCCGUGGACUAACGAAGUCACGAAUGAGGAGGUCCUGAGAGAAAUGAAAAAAAAAACCGAGAGGUACUGA